AUGUCCAAGCCAUCAUCCCUUUCGCUGUCUCCAUUCAACACGCCCUCGCCGGGCCUGGCCCACAUCAACCGGGUGAUCGGCACCACCUCGGGCCAGGACAAGGUGUUCAUGCUCUAUGCUUGUCAGUGGCCGACCCCGCCUCCACGGGGAAUGCCGCUCAAUGCCCAUCUGCUAACUGGAACCAUAUUUUUCACAGACUCGUCCCAUGUGAUAAUGCACCUGUUGCGCUCCAAGCGUCUUGCAACCAAAUCGCGACUCGAGCUCGCCAACCGCAUGGACAAGCUGCGAGCCGUCAUCUCAGAUGCCAGGACAUUGUUAGUCCAUGCAACCACGACAGCUACGACGGUAAUCCAGAUGGAAGCUGACCACGCUAUCGUCCCCUCAGAUAUCGUCUCUUUGGACUGUUCCCCAUCAUCCAAUGGGCUCAAGCUCUGAACGAUCCCGCGAAAAGGCCCGCCGAUGGCCAAUUGGCGCUCAUCAACAAAUUGCAAGCCUGGUCCAUGUUAUUUUACUACCCUCUUGAGCACUACUGUAGGUCGUCUCUCCGCGCGCUGUUCACUGUACGCCGCAGGCGCCCGUAGGGUCGAGCCGGCCCCGCCAAGUCUCGAAGCGGUGCCCCGCAUUUUGCCUCUUGGCUUGCACCGGCGCCGGAGCGUGGAGUCGCUAUCGGGCAGGUUGGGAUGCGGUAGAGCUAACUUCAUGCCUUAUUCUGUCUCCUCUCUUCUCGUCCGUCAGACUACCUCGCUGGCAAGGGUGUGUUUGAUUGCCCUCCCGCAAGGAUCGGCACGUAAGUCUCUCCUCGGAACGUUCCUCGGGUCGCAAGGAUCCUCCGAUGUCACUCUGGACAGGCGGAAAAGACGAGGUCGGUACUGAAAGUUGCUCUGCUCUGAUUUUCAGUAUCGCGAUGUGGGCAUGCCGCUUCUGGGCCUCUUACGUCGUCCUCCAAGUGCUUCACAUCCGACGCGAGUAUCAGCUCCUAAACCAGUCGCGUCGCAAGCUCGUGAACGCGCAACGCGAGUCCCGCAUCGCUGGUGGGUCGAACGAGAAGAGUACGGAAGUGGAAGAAAUCAAGAGGAUCAAGAACAAGAGUCAUGCGCUCAAGAUGGACACGUUGGUCCAGAUUGGAUACUUGCCCUUGACGGCGCAUUGGUCAGUCUCGCUUCCGCGUGGACCGAGCUGUUGCAGGCUCGGUAAAUGUUGAGCACUGUAUUGAAUGAAGGAUCGCUCCUUUCUUCGCAUAGGUCGCUUCCUGGAGGCAUCUUGCCGGACAACCUUUGGGUCGGCAUGUUCGGCACGCUCGCGGCUGCGACGGGUCUGAAGACCUUGUGGAGGAACACGGCUUGA